AUGGAGAGUAGGAGCUAAGUUGAUGAGUACACAGCAGCUGUGUAGCAAAUAGAUGUCGUAUUUAAUAGUCCCUUCUUGAAGUCAUCACUCGAUUAAGCUUUUAAUGAUUAGAAUCUAUUGAAAUUCCUGCCUACAGUUAAUACUCACUAUUAAACCCUAAUAAAUCAGCAUCCUAAAAUAUCAAAGAUCUUCUUUGAUGAAUAGAUUUUUAACCACUUGCAAGCAGACUAUCCAGAUUAUAUAUCGUACUUUGAGAUGAAAGCCUCAGCUGUCUCAAUUGUGAUUGUUGAAAAAUUGUCAGAAAAGAUACAGCGUGUCUUAGAUAAAGCUCAGGCUCAUAUGAACUAUGAAUAAGCCGCUUCUGAACUGAAAUUCUUACAAACUGUUUAGAUCAAGCAAAGUACUACAAAAUAGAUUACUAGCUUUGCGAGUAAGCUCUUUAACAAGAAACAAGAUUCCUCAGACUCGAUUCUCAUAAAGGAAAAAACAAUUAUUGAAGACUCUUAAGAUGAACUUGCACAUAAAAUGUAAUCAGAACUAAAAUUGCCUAGUGAAAUGAGAUGUCUUUAUUACUCAAGCUCAAGAGAUCUAGCUGACCAAGUAUAGUCACUUUUUGACACUGCUUCUAAGUAACUCUAAAUUAAUUAGAUCUCUAAAGUUGAAAAGCCUAAAGAGACAAAAUUUAAAUAAGAUGAUACCUAUAACUUUUUAGAGACAAUCAGAGAGAGCUUUAAGAGCAUAAUAAAUCAUAUAGAAGACUCAAAAAUAAAGGAACUAUUUAGCAGUAUGGGUGAUUUAAAGCAAAGAUAGAACUUUCUUACCUAUUACAUAUUCAACCUAGCCCCAAUCAAAGAAUCAGAUUUGGAAAAAAUAUUCAGAGAAACACCAAAUUUUGUGAGACUAUAUUUCUUUGACCUUGAAGAAAAUUAAAUUGAAGAGUUGAUUAGGACAUAUACUGAGAAAACUUCUUUAAUAGCUAAACUAUCUUAUCUUUUAUUAAAAGAAUUAAGAAAUUAAGUCAGGCCUGAAUUCCUUUAAGAAAACUAACUUUAUUCUAGCCUAACUUUCCUAUAUCUAAUUCAGCAAAAUGCAAUAUAUCUUUAAGAUGAUAUAUCAACAAUUUGUUAUGAUAAUGAUGCUAGAAAAAAAGAAGUCAAGAACAUUCCACAGUCUAAUAGAACAACUGCUUGCAUAGCAUUAAUCAAACCUAAAUUUGAAGUUCACAAGCAUGCUAUUAUUGCAGUAUCCGGAUUCCUAAGUGAAUAAGCAGAUUAACACUAAGAUUGGAUAUUUUUAAAAUAAUACUGUGAAGAUUAUGGGUACCCACUAAUUUCGGUAAGAUGGGAAUCCUAAAGUGUUUAAUCUAUUGGUAAAGCUGCAUAUAUUAAUAUAAUGGAAGCUGUACAAGAGGGGAAUAAGUAAACUUAAAAUAUGUCAACAACUAAAGCACUCAAAGGCAUCGGCUAAUCUCUCCUAAUGGGUUUAACAAAGACAGCUCUCAGCACAAGUUAGGAUACUGCUUCACUGUUCAAUAAAGCAAGGGACAAUGCUAGAAUGACUGGUAAAUUAUUAGGUCAUUUGUUUGGCUAAGGUUUUGGAUUUGACCAAUACAGUUUUACUUUAAUAGGAUUUUCGCUUGGAACGUAGGUUCUAAAGAGCUGUUUGAAUACUAUUGCUAAGAACAAUUACAAGUCACCAAUAUAAAAUGUCUACCUAAUGGGAGGAGCAGCUUACAUCAAACCUGCCAAAUAACAAAAGCAAAAACUAUAGUUUAACAGAUCAGUUAAUGGCAAAAUUACCAACGUAUAUACUACAAAUGAUACUACUCUGCAUUUGUUCUAGAAUUUAUUCUACCAGCAAUCACUUGGAAGAGGAGUUAUUUACACAUUUGAUCAAGACAACUAGGUGUAUCAUGCAGCUAUCGAUUAUGACAGUAAUAUUGUUCCUGAAAAUGGUUUCUACAUCAAGAAUUAUGAUAUAACAACCAUUUGCUCUGGGCAUCUUAGCUAUAGAAAGGUGCUUAAUAAGAUAUUUGACUUUAUUGAUUUUGAAUUUUGA